UCACUCCCUCGUCCUUGUCUCCUCCUGUCCACUUCACACUCUGUAUAUCUCCAUCGGUACUGCUUGUUAUACUUCAUUCCCUGCUGUAGUAUUCUUUCAUCGCUGCCUUAUUGUGAUCGUGCACUGUUCACCUGCACAGAGCCUUCCUAUGUCCUUGAGCCGUGUAGCCAUUAUCUGAUCUGCUUCAAGAUCGGCAUCACUGCAAGGGCAUUAGAACUGUGAGGAGGAAUUCGUUCGAUAAACGUUUGGCGAAGCCGUUCGGUAUGGAGGGAGGUGCUUACGGAGCUGGUAAGGCUGGUGGAGCCUUUGACCCCCAGACAUUUAUCCGGCAACCUCACACUGUCCUGAGGAUGGUGUCCUGGGUUUUCGCCAUAGUGGUGUUUGGUUGCAUAGUUAAUGAGGGAUAUAUUAAUCUUUCAAGUGAAGAGGAGGAGCAUUGCAUUUUCAACCAAAACCGAAGUGCCUGCACUUAUGGAGUGACUGUUGGGGUGUUGGCAUUUCUCACUUGCAUUGUGUAUCUGGCAGUCGAUGUUCACUUCCCACAAAUAAGCAGUGUUAAAGACCGAAAGAAAACCGUGAUAUCUGAUAUUGCUGUGUCUGGUUGCUGGUCCUUCUUCUGGUUUGUUGGUUUCUGCUUUUUAGCCAACCAGUGGCAGGUGUCCAAACCAGAUUCCAAUCCAUUGAAUGAAGGUGCAGAUGCAGCACGUGCAGCCAUUGCUUUCUCCUUCUUCUCCAUCUUCACCUGGGCGGGACAAGCGGUGCUGGCCUACCAACGCUACACUCUGGGCUCAGAUUCGGCACUGUUCUCUCAGGACUACAUGGACCCAAGCCAAGAUCAAGGGCCUCCUUAUCCCCCUUAUGCCAGCAAUGAGGAUCUAGACCCUUCUGCUGGCUACCAACAGCCUCCCAUGGAUGCCUAUGAGGCUGGCACACAGGGCUAUCAGUCCCAGGAUUAUUAAACUCCUCCAUAAAGGAACUUUCAUUGCCUGACAGGCCAGCAACUCCUUUCCUUGCAAUUUGUUGCGGCCUUUCUGAUAGUGAAAGAGGUAACAGUAUGUCCUUAUUUUUUAUAACACUGUCAAAGAAGGAUCUGCUAUUAUUUUUUACAUGUGUUUAUUAAAACAGUCUUGUUUUUUCUGUUUGUUUAGCUGUUUGUAGUUUUGCCAGUUUUAUACCAUGCCAUUUGUAGGGUCGAACACUCUACAUUUGUUUUGGCAGUUGUAAGCAACAACUACCUCUCCAGUCAUUUGUAAAUUAUAACGCAAACUGAAUUUUGCCAAUACCUGACUGAGCAUUGCUGGAGGUGUUAAACUAAACCAGCACAAACCUGGGU